AUUACACGUUCUUCAGCUAAUUACCCGCAACGGGAAGCACACAUUGUUGUGGUAUGCUGGUUCAAUUCUUCGGUGUCUAUCCAGUUAUGUCCGUUUAGAAACGUGUUUCACUGUGAACUGCAUUCCAUCAACAAAUUUGUGUGGUAUUUUUGAUCUAUUUCUUUUGUCCUCCAUGCUAAAAUAGUUCCGAUGAUAAUUUGUAAGUGCUUUCAAGUGUAAAGUGAAUGCUGGAGUUUCUUGUUAAAGGAGUGGAGUCUGGCAAGCUGUAAGAUAUUCAACGGUCGAAUUAAUUUUCGCGUCUGAUGUGACAAAUUGCACUGCUUCAAAGGACUCCAUUGAUCUGUGUAUGCAACAUGAGAGUUUUAAAUAUUUACUUGUACGUUUAAUGUAAAAAAAAAAAAAAAAAAAAAAAGUUUUUUGUGGCAAUCUGGUGUUGGCACACCCAGUGAUGUGAUUGAAAUGAGGAUAUAUAUCUGCCGAUACUACAGAAAGUGACAUCGUCUCGAAAUUUGAUCUUGGUGAAUUAUUGACGGCGGCAUAUUUUGGAUUUAAAGCAGUUCCAACGUCACCCCCAGAAUGAAAAUUGAUUUUAAACCUCUGCUCUUAAUUCUCACGACGUGCCAUGCGAUGACAAUUAGCCUGCAUGGACAAGACACGACGACACAAGUUCGUUCCGUUGAUGCACCACCGAAACACCUAGAUGGCGUCCUGCUUGACAGAAACCUGAUUUUGAACCAGCCGACGCAGGCGCUGCUUUGGUCAGCCCUGGCUACCGUGGUUCCCCUUUUUGGACGUAUUGUUCGCGUUGUGCCGUAUGUCGCCACUGGUGUCAACACCAUCACUGGAACAAUCAACAGUGGCAUCAGUGCAGGAUUUGCUAUUCCUAUCGAGGAUGAAUUUGUAAAUUACGGAGGUGAAUCAAAGACCCUUAAAGAUAUCAAAAUUCAGCAGCAGCAUAACUGGAAGAAGAUGCCCCUCCGAAGAACGUCCAGAAACCAUUUGUGAAAGGAAGAAGGACGUGUAUAAUUUGAAAGAAAGACUUCCGAAAUCAUAGCAUGAUUGCGAACUGACUUUUCGCAGUAAAAGAGAUUGGUUAUAUUGUUUUGAUGAGAUCGGGAGAGGAAAAUUGCUCGAAAAAUUUGUAAAAGGACUGCAAUACGUGCCCUCGUCCAACGUCGGAGUUUGAUCCUUCCGAUAAUAGAAAAUUAUUAAAAUAGACGAACUUUUGGAAGCUUUUGAGUGUUUCGGAUUAAGUUGCGAACUGUUGAUGUGUGAAUGUGUUUACUUUAAUUUGUCCGUGACUUAAAUUGGCUAAAAAUAAUGAAUGAAACAAUAUCCAAACAAUAAAGUUGAAUUUCUAAUUUUA